CACCCGAACUUGCGAGCAACUUUAAAAACUUCUGCUUCCUCGAACUUUUUUUCUAAAAGUGGCUCCUGUCAAACCUGCUUUACUGAUGAUGUAAAUCGGAUGAGUGAAGAAAUUUGACCGUUGCUUCACAGGAAGAAGUUUUCUGCACCGCUUCGUUAUAAAUUGGACAAUGUAGUGCCAGGCCGGGGAACACAGCGCUCUUUUUUCAUCUCCGCAUUGUUUUUACUUCGCAUCGUUUAAGGAGAGAUCAUUGGACUUGAAGGCCAUUGUGUGAUUUUUGUCCAGCGGAUGCGACUGUAGCACCGUCAUGACAGUGAAAACGCUCGUCGGAAAAAAACACUGGAGCGUGGCGAUCACCGCGACGCUUUUCUUCUGUUUCAUUUCAUCUUUUAAAGCAGAACAUCAAUCUUGUCAUGGAGCGUACGACCUUUACUUUGUUUUGGAUCGAUCUGGAAGUGUUUCAAAUGACUGGGGUCAGAUCUAUAACUUCGUCAAAAAUCUUACAGACAGAUUUGUGAGUCCAAAUAUGAGAGUGUCCUUCAUAGUAUUUUCGUCGAGAGCAGAGCUGAUGUUACCACUCACUGGUGAAAGGCCAAAAAUUGAAGAGGGCCUGAGGAGCUUAAGUAAGGUCAUACCAGCAGGAGAAACCUACAUGCAUGAAGGAAUAAAACUGGCUUCUGAACAAAUGCAGGUACAGGUUAAAAGAUCUUCUAGUAUCAUUGUGGCUUUGACUGAUGGAAAGCUUGAACCAUAUAUCCAUCAACUCACUAAGAAUGAGGCUGACGGGGCAAGGAAAUACGGGGCACGUGUUUAUUGUGUUGGCGUUAAGGACUUUGAUGAAGAACAGCUUGCCGAUGUGGCCGAUACCAGAGAGCAAGUGUUCCCAGUCAAAGGAGGCUUUCAAGCUCUCAAAGGCAUCGUCAAUUCGAUCCUCAAGCAAUCAUGCACAGAGAUUCUGACAGUGGAGCCGUCCAGUGUCUGCGUGAACCAGUCCUUCGACAUUGUUCUGAAGGGGAACGGGUUCAGACUGGGGAAAAAAGUUCUCUGCAGUUUCAUCGUGGAUGGAGUUACUUACCAUGAAAAGCCAAGCAAGGUGAGAGAUGACUAUGUGCUUUGUCCUGCUCCUGUGCUGCAUUCAUUGGGACAACAAAUGGAGGUUCUGAUCAGUUUGAACAAUGUUUCAUUUCUGACCAGUUCUUUCACCAUCACAUCCUCCUCAUGUUCGGACGGUACAGUGGUGGCCAUUGUGUUCUUGGUGUUAUUUCUGCUGAUGGCUUUGGUUCUGAUGUGGUGGUUCUGGCCUCUCUGCUGCAUGAUUGUUAUUAAAGACCCACCUCCUCAAAGACCUCGUCCACCACCACCACCUAUGCCUGACCCUGAUCCAGAACCCAAGAAGAAAUGGCCGACCGUGGAUGCAUCUUAUUAUGGGGGAAGAGGUGCUGGUGGAAUCAAACGCAUGGAGGUCCGUUGGGGAGAGAAAGGGUCCACAGAGGAGGGUGCAAGGCUAGAGAUGGCUAAGAAUGCAGUGGUGUCGAUACCAGAAGAGGCAGAAGAGUCCAUGAUCAAAAAGCCAAAAUCACCACCACCCACAUAUAAUCAACAUGAAUCCAAAUGGUAUACUCCGAUCAGGGGCCGCCUUCAGGCACUGUGGGCUCUGCUGCGGCGGCAAUAUGACCGAGUUUCCCUCAUGAGGCCCACUACUGCGGACAAGGGAAGGUGUAUAAAUUUCAGCCGGAUACAGCGUCAAUAGAUGACAGUUGCCAGUCCCCAAAUAAUUUUCUCUCCAAAACGCUGAUGGGCCGACAGAAAAAGCAUCUUUUCCUCUGGAUGACAUGGCUUGUCUACUGCCACUUUAAAGUAUCCUGCUUCAGACUGAUGUACAAAGGGAUCCCGUUUUGCGUAGUAUUAGCUUUCCAAACUUAAUUAAGUAUUAUAUGGUAUCCCUCCAGCUACUGAAUAAAAAGAGGAGGAUUAAAUAUCAUUCAAAUUGUCAGAUUUUACAGCGGAUCUGGUUAUGCACCGCAAAGAAGAGUUUUUUUAUACUUUGACCAUAUUGUGCCUUAUGUGGAAAAUAAAUAAUCUUAUGGACACAGACGGAGGCUAUUUUCAAAAAAGCGGAAUAAGAUAAGGCUCUUUGCCGUUGGCUGGGAAGAAGAACUAAUCCCAGUAGUCUCGCAGAGAGCAGAAGUACUUUGCCUCUUGGCAAUGUCUCUUCACAAAAAUCUCUCCAAGCCCACUAUCGUCGGAUGCCUAGCGGGGUUUCUUUGACUGGAGAUCUUGUCAUUUUAACACAGAGAAGCGCACACGCAUGACAAAUUGUAGACAGUAUGCCCUAAGGUAUUGGAAGCAGUAAGAUUUUGCCCUUUAGUUCAUGAAGACACCUUUGUAUCAAUGCGAGAACUGAGCAGAGAAAUUAAUAGAGCGUUAUUGCACCGCAAGACACCCUGUGACCAAAGUGCUCCGGCAAGGUUUUGAGGGACACAUUUCCCUCUGGUGGCUGAUGCCUCCACCCCACAUAUUUGGCAGUCUGUUCUGUGCUCACUAAUGCAUAGACAUUCACAAUUCAUAAACGUGUCCAUCGGUUUAAGGUUUUUAGACGUAAAUACUGCUGUCUGUUCACUGCUCUCCAAAGUUGUUUCCAGUGGUAGCUUUUGGCACAGAAGUAUCAAACUUUGGUAGCAGUAGCAGCAGCAGUAUGUGAACUUUUCUAAGAGGUUUAUAUUUUAAAUCAGGUUCGACGUGAAAUGACCUACACUCGCAUCAAUAGAAAUGAAGAGUUCUUCAUCUGUGCCCUCACAUCCAAAACAUCUGAAAGAUCGAACCGAAAGGGUCGACGGACGGAUAAGUAUUGUUCAUUUCCAGAAAUUAUCCACGUAGCGCUCCCCCCUCUAUUCGCACACAGAAAGGCGAGCAAUAGAUAUUUAUUUUAGAUUUCUUCAACGCGCUGUCACGACGACGAUUGCGAGUGAUGUCAGCGCGAGCGGAGACACUGUGGGGGAGGAAGAGGGCGGCAGCUGAAGAAAAAGGCUCGAACGAUCCAGUCACUUUCGAUACGCUACUUCAGAUGCAAAAUGGAUAUUCGAGUCGAAAUCUGACAAAGCGUGCCGGCUUUGACGGGAAGUGGUAUAGACAAUGACCAGUGGCUGGGUCAGUGGGAUGUCUCGGUGCAAGCAGGGAUGCUUAUCAAAUGACACUAAAAAUAAGUUCAACAACCAUCAAGUUUGAGGGGGGAACAGAACGGGGUGGAGUGGCUCGCAUUUGGUGGGCAUGCAAGUGUGCAAGAUGGCAGGACCAUUGGGGACAAAAAGCUCUGGUUUAAUUAUUUCUUUGUUGCUCGCGUCGUAAUUGUAGAGACGUUAAUAAUUACUGCCCUCGUCCCCCCCCAUCCCCUCAAAAAUUUUGAAAGAAUGAAAUACAAGCCCAGAAAAGGUAAACAUUCUAACCGUUAUUUGAGUGGCACCUGCAACUUUAGCACUUCUUGGAUAGUUUAGGUGAGUGUAAUUUACAACCUUAUUUUGGCAGGUUUGUCCUACGUUUGAGAUCAAAGGUAUUUAGUUAAGUAUUAUAUUUUCAUAUUAGAUGCAACGCAGCUUCAUAUCAUUAUCAGCUAUUUCCGUGGCUCACCAGAAUCUCUGAUUUUGCCUUCCUUUUUUUAUAUUUUUUUGUACUUUAAUGUUUCUAAAUCAUUGUAUUUCCUUGUUUAAUUUCCUUUUUUGUUAAGAUACAUUUUACUUUAUUUAUAUUUUGCCUGGGAUUCGAGACAUUUUUGUGUUUUUAUGUUUCUGGGCCCAUUUAUGCCAAUUUUAUUUUUAUUUUUGUGUAGCAUAUGGAGUUCUUCGUAAUAUUGAACUAAAGGCAGGAUAUAAAAAAUUAUAAAAAAAGAUUAGUCAUUUAUGUAAAAAAUGUAAUAUUGCAAAGUAAAUGUACAGUUUGCAUAAAACAAUUAUUUUGUGUUUGAACAAAUGAAUGUCAACAACAGUGCACUAUUUUCUAAAUUAUAACGCAAAAGCAAUAUAUUAAUUUAGUUAAUUUUAAUCAAUUUAGUUAAAUUUAAAUAAUACCUUUUUGUAGACAUUGACAUUUUACACAUUUUAAGUUAGAUACAUUUGUUGUAGUACAGUACCUGUCUUAUAGUUUUAUUUAAAUGUCCCACUGCAGUCUGGCCAGUGAAUGUAAUUUUCAAAGUAACUUAUUUUCUUCUCCAUCUACACAAACACCAAAUAAAUAAUUGUGUUUUCUGAUUCAACAAUAUAGUAUGAUAUACUUUUUGUCUAUCACUUUUUUUAAACAUCACUAGUGCAGUGGCUCAAAUUAAAAAUGUCCAUUCUUUAUUCAACCUCGUGUCAUUCCAAACCCGUCUAUGACUCUUUUUUCUGUGCAACUCAAAAUAAGAUAUUUUAAUAAAAUUAUCAGGAGUUUUAUGUACAGACAAUAGUCCAAAAUAUCUUAUAUCUGCUUUAUAAUGCUGGUUUUUGAAUGACAACAAGGUGCGUAAAAUACGAAAAAAGUUUAUUAGUCAUUAAAAGCUCUCAAAAGACAUUAGUCUCUCAUCAUACUGUAGACACAGGCCAUUUAUGUUCUUUAGAUUGCACAUAUACACUUUGCAAAAUUGACAUCCAAAUACCACAGUUUUUUAUCAUUUCUUUUAUCAGCUAGUGCAUCGAGCAGUUCAUGUUCAGCUCCACUGUAGGCAAAUAGAUGCAAUGCUCAGGAGCAAAUAGUGUAUCAAUAAAUGCAGGGAAGUUUAUACAUUUAACUGUUCUGAGCAUGUUCACUAUGUUAUUCAUCUGUUUUUAUCUAUUUUUGCACUCGUUUUAUUACUUAAAAAAGUAGAUCAUGGUAUGCUGAAAUAAGAUCAUGCACACAAAAACAUUUUCACACUUAUCAUCAUUGUGUGAAUGAUUUUAAAUGCAUCUCAUUUUGUGCAUUUCUCUUUCUCUCAGUAUUAUAGUUUCAGUCUUUUUCUAUCAUUUGUACUUUGCAUUUAUUUGUAUAAAUAAAUUGCACCUCUUUGAAAUGAA